AAAAGACAUGCUAUUAGUAUUUCCUUAAUUUCCUUAUUGGGCCUCUAUAGGAAUAGGAAAGGCUCAAGCUCGGUUCGGAAUUUGCAUCUUCCUUGCUAUUUCCUUCGCUACUCGAAUAGGGGGGUGUGUCAGGGGCGGAAACCACCCACCUUGCCGCAACUCGCCGCCGACCUCGACGCCAACCGCGGAAACCACCCACCUUGCCGCAACUCACCGCCGACCUCUUCUCACCGACGCCAACCACUAAGCUUUCUUCCACUGCUAAAAAUAAUAAUGACAACUCGAAUAGCUCCAGGAGUUGGAGCAAAUUUACUUGGCCAACACUCGGUGGAGAGGAACCAAGACGCCACCGCUUACGUCAGCAAUCUCGAUCCUCAGGUGUCUGAGGAAUUGCUGUGGGAGUUAUUUGUUCAAGCAGGCACUGUUGUUAAUGUAUAUGUUCCAAAGGAUAGAGUAACAAAUCUCCACCAAGGGUAUAGAUUUGUUGAAUUCAGGAGUGAAGAAGAUGCUGACUAUGCAAUUAAGGUUUUGAAUAUGAUUAAGCUUUAUGGGAAGCCAAUACGUGUAAAUAAGGCGACGCAAGAUAAAAAGAGUUUGGAUGUAAGAGCAAACCUAUUUAUUGGAAACUUGGACCCUGACGUUGAUGAGAAACUUCUGCAUGAUACUUUUAGUGCCUUUGGAGUUAUAGUUAUAAACCCCAAGAUAAUGAGAGAUCCCGAGACUGGAAAUUCCCGCAGUUUUGGUUUCAUUAGCUAUGAUUCCUUUGAGUCAUCUGUUGCGGCAAUUGAGAGAGAGUUUUGGCUGCAAGCAAUCCAAGUGCCCAAAAGAGCAGGCCUCACACUCUGUUUGCUAGUGGGCCUCCAACGCUUCCAAGCAUUGCUUAGGCCAAUGGAGCACCGGUGCACCAGUGCCUCCUUCCCAUUUGCAAAUGGUGCUGCUCCUCCAAGCCCAAUUCCAGCUCUCCGCCCGCCACCCCCACCAAAUGCAGCUUUCUCACAAAUGCAGGUAGCUGGACAACCAGCUUGGCAGGGUCAACCACCACAGCCAGGUCAAGCAGUGCCUCCCCCAGUUAUGGCUCCACCUCAAAUGCAGUUCAGACCACCUCCACCAAACAUGCCACCACCCCUUCCCCAGGCUGCUCUGGUCUCCCUACCAAGGCCUCCACCACCGGCAAUGGGAAUGGGAAUGGGAAUCCAACCACAAGUAUGGCGGCAGCCACCACCUCCACAGCAGUUGGCUGGGGGACCCCCUAUGCAACAAAUGUUGAUGCAUCCACCUCCCCCACCGCCACCAAGUUGAAGAUUAAAGCGACUAAUCUCAAAGCUGAUGAUAACACGAGCUGUUUUCUCAGAAGUUUCUUGUAUCAUCAUCUAUUGGUUGUCAAUUUGGACAAUAGAGGGUAUCUUAAACCUUUCAUUAAGUAAUGUUGCAAAGGUCCAUAAAUUGACUGAUCUGAGAUCUAUAAGCAUUUCAGUUUUGGAAAAUCAGCUUGACAUCACUCAUUACCAGGGUAAAUGUUAUAAACGUUAUGGAGGAUCAACAUUCA